GGUACAAAUCUAGAGAGUGCAAUAGGAGAGUCGUCAAUGGCGAAAUCCAUUGGUUCACGCUGUAAGCAGCUAUCGACGGCAGCAUAUGCUUACGUGCCUGAGUCGAAGGCUGGAAGUGAGUUUUUCAGAAGCGCCACCCAGAUCGCCAAGCUGCAUGUUUUAGUACAGUUGUGCGCUAAGAGGAAAGAACCCAUCAGAGGGAAGGCAUGCCAUGGACGGAUUCUUCAGUUGGGUUACGGGUCAGAUACUUUAACAUCGAACAUGCUGAUAAACAUGUACUCGAAAUGUGGAUCAGAGGUCUCCGCUCGCAAGGUGUUCGACAGAAUGACUGAGAGAACCUUGGUCUCGUAUAACACCAUCAUCAGCGCUUAUGCACAAAAGGGGGACGAGGAGAAUGCUCUGUUCCUCUUCGUACAAAUGCGAAGAGAAGGGAACAACCCUUUAACUGAAUUCACGGUCUCCAGCGUCCUUUGUGCCUGUGCAUCCAAAUGCGACGUCCUCACAUCGAAACAGCUGCAUUGUUUCUCUAUCAAGAACUCCAUGGAUGAAAACGUCUUUGUUGGCACUGCAUUGCUUGACGUUUACUCCAAAAGUGGCUUCGUUCAUGACGCGAGUCGUGUUUUCGAGGGGAUGCCCGAGAAAAGUGACGUCACGUGGAGUUCAAUGGCUGCAGGGUUGGUCCAAAACAAGCUCUACGAGGAGGCUUUGGUGCUAUACACCAGAGCCAGAGCAACAACAGGACUGGAAACUGACAACAAGUUCACGAUAUCUUCCAUUAUCAGCGCCUGUGCAGGCUUGGCAGCUUUUAUAGAAGGAAGACAGGUGCAUUCCGUAGUUUGCAAAACCGGGUUUGAAUCGAACAACUUCAUCGCCUCUUCUCUGGUAGACAUGUACGCCAAAUGUGGGGCUAUUAAGGACGCAUUCCGAUUGUUUCAGAACAUCCAAGACAAGAACUUGGUUCUCUGGAACGUGAUGAUCUCCGCAUUGGCCAAACACUCUCGGUCCCUGGAGGUGAUGGUUCUGUUCGAGAAGAUGCAGCAGGCCGGUCUCGAACCGGAUGAAGUCACGUACAUUUCGGUCUUGUCAGCGUGUGGUCAUAUGGGUUUAGUUAAAGAGGGUAGAACGUAUUUCUACCUUAUGACAGAACUCCACCAUCUGUCUCCCAAUGUGCUCCACUAUUCCUGCAUGGUGGAUGUGCUGAGCAGGGCAGGUUUAGUCCGCGAAGCAUACGAGCUGAUGAAGGACAUGCCAUUCGACCCCACUGCUCCGAUGUGGGGAUCGCUUCUGGGAUCUUGCAGGGUCCACGGUAACGUGGAAUUAGCAGAGGUUGCAGCAGGAAACUUGUUCGAGAUAGAACCUGGGAAUGCAGCAAACUACGUGAUGCUGUCAAACACAUAUGCUGCAGGGAGACAGUGGGAAGGUGUUGCGAGCACGAGGAAACUUCUGAAAGAGAAUGAUGGGGUGAUGAAGAAGGAGAGAGGUAAGAGUUGGGUUGAGAUCAAGGACAAGGUGCAUACUUUUAUGGCAGGAGAGAGAAAGCAUCCUCGAAUCAUGGAGAUUUUGCUGGAACUGGAUAGGUUGAUGGAAGAGACGAAGAAACGAGGUGGUUAUAAACCUGAUGCUGGGUAUGAACUCCAUGAUGUGGAGCAGGGGAAGAAGCUGGAACUGUUGAAACACCACAGCGAGAAGCUCGCUGUUUGUUUCGGGCUCAUGAGCUUGCCUGAGGGAAUACCUAUCAGGAUCAUGAAGAAUCUCAGGAUUUGUGGAGAUUGUCAUUCAUUUAUGAAGUCUGUGUCUAGUGUUGAGGGUAGGGAAAUUAUUGUUAGGGAUACUAACAGGUUCCAUCAUUUCUGGAAUGGACAUUGUUCUUGCAAUGACUUUUGGUAAACCAGUAUUUGAGAUACAUGGGGUUUUACAAUUUGUUGGGAAACUGAUCUAGCGUGCACACCAAGUAAAAGAGAUAACAUAGAACUCAGGCAAAAAGAGAGAUAAGUCUCAUGAAGGAAAAUACAUUGAUGUCCCAACUGAUCAAGCAGACACAGAAGUUGUAGUGAUUUCAUAUCAGAAACUAAAAGUCAUACGAAUGU